AUGGGGCGACCAAGACUCAUUAUUCUGAUCAGACAUGCCCAGUCCGAGGGUAACAAAAACAGAGAUAUCCACCAAACCAUCCCCGACCACCGCGUGAAACUUACAGAAGAUGGCUGGGCGCAAGCUCGCGAGGCCGGCGUCCGUCUGCGCUCCAUGCUGCGGGCCGACGACAAACUGCAUUUCUUCACGUCGCCAUACCGCCGCACGCGCGAGACGACCGAGGGCAUCCUCGAGACGCUAACCUCGGACCAGGAGGACCCCAGCCCCUUCAAGCGCUCCAACAUCACCGUCUACGAGGAGCCGCGGCUGCGCGAGCAGGACUUUGGCAACUUCCAGCCCUGCAGCGACGAAAUGGAGCGCAUGUGGCAGGAGCGCGCCGACUACGGACACUUCUUCUACCGCAUCCCCAACGGCGAGUCCGCCGCCGAUGCCUACGACCGUGUCUCGGGCUUCAACGAGAGUCUGUACCGCCAGUUUGGCGACGACGAUUUCGCCAGCGUCUGUGUCCUGGUGACCCAUGGGUUGAUGAGCAGGGUGUUCCUCAUGAAGUGGUAUCACUUUUCCGUCGAGUACUUUGAGGAUCUGAGGAACGUGAACCACUGCGAGUUCUUGAUCAUGAAGAAGCAGGAGGACAGCGGGAAGUAUAUACUACAGAACAAGCUCAGGACGUGGUCGGCGCUGCGCAAGGAGAGGGCGGCGCUGAAGGCCAAAGAGGACGCAGAAAAGGAAAAGGAGAAAGAGGACGCGCCGGUUCCGACCACAACCCCCGCCAGCGAAGGACUCAAACAGCCAGAACGCCAGACUUCGACCCCCGUGGUGCAAAGACGCUGGGGUGGGUGUCCUGAAGGUUGCAACCACAGCAAGCACGUGCCGAAGAUCCGCAAGGAAUUGGCGGAGCUGAGACUCGUCGACGAGAAACAUGCUGCCAAGAGCAGCAGCGUCGCCGCUGUUGCUGGUGCCCCGACUAUUGCCUCGCGCCGACUCCCGCGGGUGGUGAACUAUUCCGACGAUGACUCCGAUGACCCGCGCGGCAAACCGGUCAUUGAUGUCACAAAGGCGCACGAUGAGCUUGUUUCGUCGCCAGACGGCACGCCGUCAUUCAUCACUAUCGAAGACCGCCUGCGGAAUCAAAUAAAGUCACCUAAAUUCCUCCAUAUCGGUCGUGACUUUGGCGGUACGCGCUCCGGUGCCAACAGUGACACUGAAAUGUCGGAAGACGAUGCCAGAUAUCGACUCGCUAGUGUUGCGGCGAGGGUCAAGCAUACCAACGGGACUAGCGGCAGUGGCAGCAGCACGAAGAAUGGUGAAAACGGUAAAUACCUACCAGAGAGCGGCAUGGGGCGCGGUGCGUUUGCCAAUAGGCUUGGUGACGCGCCUCUCUGUCGUGACUGCUCGGAUGGUAGCGAAGACGGUGGGGAUGAGAGAGAAGAGAACGGCGAUGCGGAUGAGCACGAGAACGAGAACGAGAACGAGGAAGAGGACUUGGCAAAGGCGGAGAAGGAGGAUCGCAGUAUUAGGGGAAGUGUUUACUGA